AUGGAAGAGGUCUUGGAUAGUACAUUUGGGACGGGAAUAGGACUUUUGGAGGAGGAAGCGAUCUGAGAGAUGAUACCCAAAUUCACACCCUCUCGUGACCACCGAGCCUUCAAAAACAGCCCCUCUGCUCACGCUCCAAAAACCCCUCAUGCAGUCCAAAGCCCUUCUAAAAAUCCCUGCCUCCCUAAGCCCAAAGACUUUGACUGGGCAGAUUUCGAAUGAGACUUACAACCAGAUACAAGGCAGAGGAGAAAUGGGGUUACACACAGGAUGUUCAGAGAGAAAGCUACAGAAGAUAAAUCCCUAAAUUCUACAGAGAAUGAUGCAAGAGCAUUUAGGAAUAUACUCAUCAAAAAUAUUAGUUUCGGAGAUGACAGCAAUAAAAUAAAAAUAGAGAGAAUUCAGCAAAUGAAAGCAAGAAAAGAAAUUCAAGUUUUUAAAUGUUCAAAUACGAUUAAAACAGGCACAAUGGAAGCUUACAGAAAGUAUUACUACGGAGAAGACGGUAAAUUGACCAAAAGGAAUGACACUCCUAAAUCUCAGCCUCGCCAAAUCAAGUUUGGAAGUCCCAAAGAUGACUUUCAACAAGGACCUCUCGAACACUUUCUGUUUACUGGAAUACAUAAUGUGAAUAAAAUUACUAAAAAUCUCCAAGCGAUGACUGAGAAGUAUAAAGAGUCAUGUCAAGAAAUCAACUUCCUUGAGUCUCUCCAAGAAGCUGAUCAGAGUAGCUCUAAGAAGUUGGAGAAGGGGAAUAUAGACUCAAAGAAUUCGAAAUCGAAUAAAGAAGUCAAAUUAAUUCUUCUGACCCUUCACAAUAUUGAGCUGAUCACAAAAAGGUUGAAAGCUUAUCAAAAACAGAAGGGCUGAUUUAAGUAUGAUAAUUCAAUAGACAUCCCUCUCCCUGCUAGGAUUGAGAUGAAUGAUAGGAUCAAGAUGGACAAACAGCUGAAUAACUUUUUGAAACUUGCUAGUGAAAAGCUAAAACAGAAUAAGCCAUUAAGGCACAUUUACCAACUUGAUGGCACCCCAAUCUUCUCUUUACCUGAAAUUGAGUCUGGAUCUCUAGUCUUUAUUAGUCAUUCCCCAUACUUCUCCAAGAUUAUUGGCGAGAGUUCAAAGUAUCUUGGCCGAAAGCCUGGGUCUAAUACAAGCUUCAAAGGAAGUAAAUCCUCUGGAAAGCUUUCAUCAUCAGCCAACAAGAUCUGAAGCACCAAGCUGAAUCCCCAUUAUGCCCAGUCCUUCUGGGCUCAGAUGGAAGAAAUCAGGGAUGAUGUUCACAAAAGGUUCUACAGACCCAUCCCUGAUGAAGUGAUUGAUAGGCUCAACACGAUUUUAAAGCGCAAAAUUCCUAAGAGAAAAAGCACUGAGAUUCCUAAAAGUAUGACCAAAAGGAACUCUAUCAAGAACAGACUGGACAAUGAAGGAUCUGGCGCAGAACUUCGUCAUAAUGUGUCAAUGGAUAUCACUAUUGGGUUAAAGGCACGUAUCAAGGCUGGCCUUGCCAGGGCUAAACGGCAGAGAUUUAGCAAAGAAUUUGGAGGCUCAGAUUCAAAAACGAAUAGAUUAAACAACACUCUUAAAAAUUAUUCCGAUAUUAAACACAAGAGAAGGAGAAAGUUGGAUAUGUAUUUUAACAAAUUUGCACAUGAAGAAGGAAACUCACCAGUCGUUCCUCAGAAGAAGACCAGUAAAGAGUCCACAGGGAUAAGAUUUGUUCCGACAAGCACUAAUGUUAGCCUAUCAACACCAAGGUUUCGGAAAACUGGGAGGGUAGUUAAUUUCCAUGAUAGAUUUUGCUAAUAAAAUCCCAACA